AUGGUAUUUGCCCGCUCCGCCCUGCGUGCUGCACGCCCUGCCGGCUCCCUGCUCUCGCAGAGAGCCACGGCCGCCUUCGCGCAACGCGGGGCUUCGCUCGCCAGGACAACCAGCUUGGGAGGGGUCAGAACGCUGACUGCGACUUCGUCACGACAGGGCAAGGUUCUCCUCGUUUUGUACGAUGGCCACGAGCACGCCAAGCAGGAGCCUCAGCUGCUGGGCACGACUGAGAACGAGCUUGGUCUGAGGAAGUGGAUUGAGGACCAGGGCCACACUCUCGUCACCACCUCCGACAAGGAGGGCGAGAACAGCAAGUUUGACCAGGAGCUCGUCGACGCCGAGGUCAUCAUCACCACUCCCUUCCACCCAGGUUACCUGACUGCUGAGCGUCUCGCCAAGGCGAAGAACCUCAAGCUUGCCGUCACCGCUGGUAUCGGUUCCGACCACGUCGACCUCAACGCUGCCAACAAGACCAAUGGCGGUAUCACCGUUGCUGAGGUCACCGGCUCCAACGUCGUCUCCGUCGCCGAGCACGUGGUCAUGACCAUCCUCGUCCUCGUCCGCAACUUCGUCCCAGCCCAUGAACAGAUCGCCCGCGGUGACUGGAACGUCGCCGAGGUCGCCAAGAACGAGUACGACCUCGAGGACAAGGUCGUCGGUACCGUCGCUGUCGGCCGUAUCGGUGAACGUGUGCUCCGCCGCCUGAAGCCAUUCGACUGCAAGGAGCUCCUCUACUUCGACUACCAGCCAUUGUCGGCAGAGAAGGAGAAGGAGAUUGGUUGCCGAAGAGUUGAGAACCUUGAGGAGAUGUUGGCCCAGUGUGACGUUGUCACCAUCAACUGCCCACUCCACGAGAAGACCCGCGGCCUGUUCAACAAGGAGCUCAUCUCCAAGAUGAAGAAGGGCUCUUGGCUCGUCAACACCGCCCGUGGUGCCAUUGUCGUCAAGGAGGAUGUCGCUGAGGCUCUCAAGUCUGGUCAGCUCCGUGGUUACGGUGGUGACGUCUGGUUCCCACAGCCAGCACCCAAGGACCACCCACUCCGCUACGCCUCGUACACCACCUGGGGCGGCGGCAACGCCACUGUUCCACACAUGUCCGGUACCUCGCUCGACGCCCAGAAGCGCUACGCCGCCGGUACCAAGGCCAUCUUGGACUCAUACUUCUCCGGUCGCCAGGACUACAGGCCCGAGGAUUUGAUCGUGCACAAGGGUGACUACGCCACCAAGGCAUACGGCCAGCGAGAAAAGAAAUAG